GAGAAAUGCAAGAAUGUCCGAUUUACAUAGGAAUUGCCGUUUUGCGAAAAGUCUACGAAAUGACCCCAUAUUGUCUUGUCGGAAUGUCAAUGUCUGCGGAUUGAAAAAGAUAAACACCAGCCGGGGAAAAAUCUGUCUUCGAGUAGAGAGUAGAAGGAAAGAGUGAGAGGGAGAAAGCAUAUCUCUCCUUAGAUCGGCGCUUGUGAGGGUGGAAGGAAAGCCAGGCACCUGUAUUCCGAUACUGGAGGGAGUCCCGCUAAGCGGUCGGCUGGUGGGGGAUCUAAACGUUAUGAUUGGAUGGAGGCACGUGCUUUUACCCCUCUACAAUCUUAGCAGACCACCUGACCUAGCAGCUGCCAGCGGGAGACCGGUAGUUCACCGGCAUGUCCCACUGACACUUGUAGAGGGGGUUCAUUUGGGAGGGGAUACCUAUAAGUAGCUCCCACUAGCUGUCCGUCUUCAUAACCGUGCGUCAUUCCGACUCGAUCAGAGAGACGAUCCGCGGCCCGACCGACACUGAGGAUUACGUAGUGCUGAAAGUGUUGUGCAGCGGACUUUUGAACUUGUGACACAGUGGUUCUGCGCCAAAAUGCAUAUAGUCAACGACGAGCCUUCCAUACCCAGGACCCUACCGUUCAAAAAGAGCAAUUAUUCACAUUGCCCUUUGAAGAAACGGCCGGUCCCGCUGAUGGUGAAAGACGAUUCCGAGCAAAGAGAUGUUAGUGACGACAACUCGGAACCGGAAAACUUGAGCACGAAGCCAGAAGAUUUAACGUGCAAGUCUUUGACGCCUUCGAUCGGUGUCGCCCUGAUUUCGGCGAAGAAAGAACCUCAGAGCCCUCAGAGGACGGAAGAGAGUACGAUGUCAUUGGGUCUACCCUAUUCCGGAAGUUUUCUAGCAAAAUCCGGCCCCCUGGAACCACUGAAUCUGAACACGCAGUCAGAACUGCAGGCAUGGCCCAGACCUUACUAUCCGUCUCACUACAUUCCGCUCAACUAUCACUACUCUUCGGAUCUGUACAAUUACUACAACGACAAAUACACGCCGAGUCCAUCGCCGCCGCAACAGCCCCCAUUUCUUCCAGUUCAACCGAAGCCGAUGUAUAUGACUUACAGCGGUGAAUGUGUACUUUCUCCGGCUUCGUCCACUUCCUCUUACGGGGGGCUUUAUUCGCAGUCGCCGACAACUCCGGAGGAUCUCUCGUCGCCGGGAAGCGUCGGUAGUUCGAGCCCACCCAGGAAAAACAAGGAUUCGCCGAGAUAUCAGUGCGUCUUUUGUAACAAAUCCUACACCACCUACUCUGGCCUGUCGAAACACCAGCAGUUCCAUUGUUCGGCGAACGAAGACUCAACGGCAAAAAAAUCAUUCAGCUGCAAACACUGUGAUAAGGUUUACUUCAGCCUCGGCGCCCUCAAGAUGCAUAUAAGGACGCACACGCUGCCCUGCAAGUGCAAACUUUGCGGAAAAGCCUUCUCCAGGCCGUGGCUCCUGCAGGGCCACAUUCGGACGCACACCGGCGAAAAACCGUUCACCUGCCCCCAUUGCAACAGGGCGUUCGCCGACAGAUCGAAUCUCAGGGCCCAUUUGCAGACACAUUCGGACGUUAAGAAAUAUUCCUGCCCCACCUGCUCCAAAACGUUUUCGAGGAUGUCCCUGCUCACGAAGCACGUCGACGGCGGCUGCCCCGGUACGAAUUCUACGACCGGUGAAGACAUGUACAAACAAGAAAUGUAUUCAAACUAAUUGUAUUGGUAAUGCUUACAAAUAUGCACACCAUUGCAUUCCUAAGUCAACUGUUGUAAAUAAGUAGCCAGUUAAGCAAAUGUCUUUGGGACAAUAAGUUGAGUCAAAAAUUCUACUUUUUUAAUUUAUUUAUUUAUUCUUAUUUUUUAUUUUAUUUUUAUUUUAACGAAUAAAGCUUUUGAAUGGCUAGAUAUAUUAGAAUUAAAAAAUAAGACUGAUUUGUAUGUAAUUAUCGUUUUUCUUAGCAUUAUUUCAAACAAUUACGGCCAACGUAAAAAUUCACAGUACAAAGUUGUUAGAAUUGUUAUUGACCGCAGUGGUCCAUACUUGAAAGUAUUUCAAUUUACCGCAGGUCGAUUUUUAAUUUCAAAAAUGUGCCAUUGAGGAAUGUAAUACCAAAAUUAUAUAUUUGUAUUCCUUGAUUUAAGUUUCCUGUUAGCCAUUCAGUUCUAGUCAUCUUAGCGUAUAUUUAGGUUUAUUGGAAAUAAAUCAAAUGUUGUAUAUAACAGAGCGACGUCGAGCAUUGAGCUGUACAAUAUAAAAUAUUGUAAAUAAUG